CCUCGCGUUUCCAUCCCGGCCGGGCCUCGUCGCCAGCCGCGAGGGAGAGCCUUCGGCCGGCCCCGGGCUUGCUCGCAGAGAGAGGUGACAAAAAUUACAUCCUUUCAAAAGACAGUCUCACCCUGAAGGCCCCAAACAGUAAUCAGCUCCAGGCUUGCCUUGAGGAUGCCAACAGACAACAGCCACCUGCCAGACAGUAUCCAAGAACAAGACCCUGUUACUACUUCAAGCAGUAAUUGCCUGCAUAAUGCUGAGGAAUUGGGAAUUGAACAAGAAAAUGGCAUUUGUAACAGUGACCUGGGUAAUAGUAUUAGAGUUCCCAACUCUGCCAGCCAGUCAUCCACUUCCACAGCUGUUCCUUUGGAGGUGCCCAGAAGAGGACACCCCCUUUUACAGAUCAACAGGCAGCAGAUUGAGUCCAUCUCAUAUAGUGCACAGGCUGCUGAGCUCAAAGGUUUAGGAGUUGAUGUCUAUGACCAGGAUGUAUUGGAGCAAGGAGUUCUUCAGCAAGUAGAUAAUGCAAUUAAUGAAGCUAAUAAAGCAACAAAAAUAGCUGAUGCGGAGAAAGAAUAUCAGUCAGUGUUGGAUGACUUAAGAUCAUGUACAACAUCUCUGAAACAAAUAAAUAAAAUUAUUGAGCAACUUUCACCUCAAGCAGCCAACAACAAAGAUAUAAACAGAAAACUAGAUUCUGUAAAACGGCAAAAAUAUAACAAGGAGCAACAGCUGAAGAAGAUCAAGGCAAAACAAAAGCGUCUCCAAGCAAUUCUUGGUGGAACGGAGAUUCUUGAUAAAGUAAAUGAGAUUGAAUUAGAGGAAGAUGAAGAACCUGGUCCAUCAUGUCUUGGCAGUAUGCUUAUGCCUGUUCAGGAAACAGAGUGGGAAGAGCUUAUUCGUACUGGCCAGAUGACUCCAUUUGGAACUAAAAUACCUCAGAAGCCGGAGAGGAAUACCCAACGAUUAAUGCUAAAUGAAGCAUCUGAUUUUGAGAAGUACUUAGCAGACCAAGCUAAGCUGUCAUUUGAAAGAAAGAAGAUAUCCCUUCACAAAGGAGCAAAGAAGAAAGCACAAGCCAAAAAUGUUCAGUGCAUAGCUCCUGCAUCUACUACAAAGGAAAAAAGGGGUAAAGGCAUGUCAAAAACAGAGAAGCGCUUAAAAGAACACAUGAGAAAACUUCAGAAGCAUGCCCUUCAGAUUCAGUCAAAGGCAGAGAUUCCAAAAGAAAAGAAAUAUCUUGACGCCAAGAAGUUCAGGCGUAAACAGGAGGAUGAUAGUGGAGAGUCUGAGUAUGUACCUGAUGAGGAGCUCUUUGAUCCAGAAGCAGCAGAAGAGGAGGAAGAGCAGGCAUCUUCUCAUGUUGAGAAUGAUUCUGAUUAUGAACUUGGGAAUUUGUCAAGAAAAAGAAAAUAUUUGGUGAAGAGAGAUUUUAAAGGAGCUGAAGAUGAUGCUGACUUCUUUCCAAGCUCUGAAGAAGAAGAGCAUACACUGGGGAAGCGCAAAGUAAAGAGAUGGAGAGAUGAUGGAGAUGAAGACUAUUAUAAACAGAGACUAAGGAGGUGGCAAAAAGAACGUUUGAAGGACAAAGAAUGUCACACAGCUGAGGAACUUUCUGAAGAAAGUGACGCUGAAUUUGAAGAGGGUUUCAAAAUACCAGGAUUUCUCUUCAAAAAGCUUUUUAAGUACCAGCAAACAGGUGUUAGGUGGCUCUGGGAAUUGCACUGCCAGCAGGCAGGAGGAAUUCUGGGAGAUGAGAUGGGAUUGGGCAAGACCAUCCAGAUAAUUGCCUUCUUGGCAGGUCUGAGCUACAGCAAGAUCAGGACUCGUGGUUCAAAUUACAGGUACCAUGGAUUGGGUCCAACAGUGAUUGUUUGUCCAGCUACUGUGAUGCAUCAGUGGGUAAAAGAAUUCCACACUUGGUGGCCGCCAUUUAGAGUUGCCAUUCUCCAUGAAACUGGUUCUUAUACCAACAAAAAGGUGAAACUAAUUCAGGAAAUUGCUUCAUGCCAUGGAAUUUUAAUUACAUCUUAUUCAUACAUUCGACUGAUGCAGGAUAACAUCCACAGCUAUGACUGGCAUUAUGUGAUUCUGGAUGAGGGUCACAAAAUCCGAAAUCCAAAUGCCGCGGUCACACUUGCAUGCAAGCAGUUCCGCACACCCCAUCGAAUCAUCUUGUCUGGCUCGCCUAUGCAAAAUAACCUAAAGGAGCUCUGGUCCCUCUUUGACUUUGUAUUCCCAGGGAAAUUGGGAACACUGCCUGUGUUCAUGGAGCAAUUUUCUGUUCCAAUAACCAUGGGAGGGUAUUCUAAUGCCUCUCCUGUCCAGGUAAAAACUGCAUACAAAUGUGCCUGUGUGUUACGGGACACCAUAAACCCCUACUUGCUGCGAAGAAUGAAGGCUGAUGUAAAAAUGAGCCUUUCACUUCCAGAUAAAAAUGAACAGGUCCUCUUCUGCCGUUUGACAGAUGAGCAGCGUCAAGUCUAUCAAAAUUUCAUCAGCUCUAAAGAAGUUUACCAGAUUCUCAAUGGAGACAUGCAGAUUUUCUCAGGACUAGUAGCUUUGAGAAAGAUUUGCAACCACCCUGACCUCUUCUCUGGUGGCCCCAGGAUUUUGAAGGGUGUACCAGAUGCUGAAGUGGCGGAAGCAGAUCAGUUUGGAUAUUGGAAACGUUCUGGAAAAAUGAUAGUGGUAGAAUCCUUGCUGAAAAUAUGGCACAAACAAGGUCACAGAGUGUUGUUUUUUACUCAGUCAAGACAGAUGCUGCAGAUACUUGAAGUCUUUGUGAGUGAAAGAAACUAUUCGUACCUCAGGAUGGAUGGCACCACAACAAUAGCUUCCAGACAGCCCCUUAUAGCAAGAUACAAUGAGGACAAGUCCAUAUUUAUUUUUCUUCUAACAACUCGUGUUGGUGGCAUUGGAGUUAACUUGACUGGUGCUGACCGGGUUAUUAUUUAUGAUCCCGAUUGGAAUCCUAGUACAGACACACAGGCUCGGGAACGUGCUUGGAGAAUAGGCCAAAAGAAACAGGUGACUGUGUACAGGCUUCUCACUGCAGGUACUAUUGAAGAGAAGAUAUACCACAGACAAAUCUUCAAACAGUUUUUAACGAACAGAGUGCUGAAAGACCCUAAGCAGAGGCGCUUUUUCAAAUCCAAUGACCUUUAUGAACUUUUUACUCUGAGCAGCCCAGAUGUGUCUCAGGGGACAGAAACAAGUGCAAUUUUUGCAGGUACUGGUUCAGAUGUUCAAGUCCCAAAACACCAACUGAAACAGAAACUUGAAAAGCCACCUGAUAAUGACACUUCUAAAGGUGAUCUCCAUCUUACAGAAAGCAGCUCACCAAAGUACAGCAAGUCAUCCAAUUCCUACUCGACCACCCACAUGACAAAUUCUUCUUCUAAAGCAAUACAUGCAAGUGAGGAAACCAAAGGGAAUUUGGAAGCCUUUGACCAAAAUAGCUAUGCAAAAGAUAAUAUACAAGCUGCUACUAAUAUAAAUUCAUUGAAUAAAAGCAAGGAGGAAAGCUUGGAAAGAGCUGACAAAUCUAUGUUCCAGUCAUUGCUAGGUGAUGCAGGGUCUUCAGAGAAUGCCAAAUGUCUGAACACCAUGGUGGCUGAUGAAGUACAUGGAGCAGCUAAUGCAAAUGUGAAGGGAGAUUUUAGCCUUACAUGUGGUGCAGCUGGCUCUUGGGAAAAGCAGGUUGCUAAAACUGAAGAUGGGCAAUUAGGUAAUAAUCAUUAUAAGUGUACCUCAAAAACAAAGCACAGGGUGGAUAUGCUGUCACACGAGAGCCACAAAGAUAAGUCUAAGAAGAAGCAUCACAAAGAUGCCAAAUUUGAAGGAGAGCGUGUUCCUCAUCUAGUGAAACAAAAGCGAUACAGAAGGGAGAACAGUGAAGAGAAGGAGGAAGACUCAAAUAAAAAUGAUGAUUAUGUCUUGGAGAAACUUUUCAAAAAAUCAGGGGUGCACAGUGUUAUGAAGCAUGAUGCCAUUAUGGAAGCUUCCAGUGCAGAUCAUGUGCUGGUGGAAGCAGAAGCAAACAGAGUGGCCCAGAAUGCCUUAAGAGCCUUAAAAGUCUCUCGACAGCAAUGUUUAGGAGCUGCUUCUGGUGUGCCAACAUGGACAGGCAUGAGUGGUCUUUCAGGUGCACCAUCAGGAAUAAAGAGUCGGUUUGGUCAAAAACGAAACCCCAUGCUGCUUUCUUCACAUUCCACUUGUGCAUCACCUGCAAAGAAGUGCAAGGGUGCAGAUACAAUAAAGAAAGAAAAUGUAAAGAAGUGUAGUUCCAAUGGGCACUUUGAUGGCAGAUCUGGAGAAUCACCAUCCAGUGCACUAGACUCUUCAUCUUUAUUAGCUAAGAUGAGGGCAAGAAACCACCUUCUUUUACCACAACAGACAGGGAAUGAGGGAGAUGAGAAUCAUCAGCAAGCACCUGCCCCAGCCCUGGGUUCAACAGAAUAUGAUGAACUGCUCGUGGAUAUGCGUAACUUCAUAGCGUUCCAGGCCCAUGUGGACGGCGAGGCUAGCACUCAGGAAAUAUUGCAUGAAUUUGAGUCCAAACUGCCUGCAGCGCAGUCCUGCGUCUUUAGAGAACUUCUCCGCAAUCUCUGCACCUUCCAUAGGAGCCCCAACGGUGAAGGUGUCUGGAGGCUAAAGCCAGAAUUCCGAUGAACUUUGUCAAGGGAAGUCAUCUGUCUGUACGCUUGGCCACCACUCUCCUUUCAAAGACUUACUGUUUGUCUUUUAAAGUGAGGAAUUAUUUCGUAUUCAUGAUUUAAUAAUUGACUUGAGCAGUCAGUGGUGCAGCGCUUGUUGCAGGCUUAGAGCUAACAAUUUCUGAUUUACACUAUUUAUAUCAAAGCGCCGUCUACCUCAUAGAUGAAACAAUACAAAAUAUCAGCACCUUUUCUUUAAAAGAAAUCUUAAUAUAACUGGGAUGAAGAAUACAUACUGACUUUUUAUUGCAAUAAGAACCAUGGAUGUUGCCAUGGGUUGUAAGACUUUGAUUUCUGCGAAAUUCCAAGAACUUCCUCGAUUUUCUGUAUGUUACUUGAAUGGUCAUGGGGCACACAGUGUACCGUUAAAAAAAA